AUGAAAUAAUCGUAAUUUUUGCAAACCUUAAACUUUGAUCCACUCCGAAGUCCACCGAUAAGAGAAAUUGCUUAAAGACAUCAAGUUUAUCUCAUUUAAUAGCUAGAGAGCAACUAUGUGUGGUUUAUUGAUCGAAUCUAAUGAUUAUUGCCAAUGCUGUGGCUUGGGAAUUCACACUCACCCUAUUUCAUUGAAGGCAAACAUUAUCAAUUUAGCAUUUUUGGGUCAAGGUAUACCAUUGUUUUAUAAUAUAACUUUUCUACUCAUUUUACUUACAUUUAUAUUAUUCCUUAUUUUUGGCCUGCCCACUAUUAUUUUUAAUUUUUUAGCUGAAAAUUGCUUAGAACAAACAAAUUAGGCUUAUAAUAUAUUUAUUACACAAGGUUGUUCUAAGAAUUGUCCAAAUGAAAAUGAUGAUUUUAAAUAAAUUCAAUAACUUAUUUCUACAAGUGAUUGUAAGAUCAUUUGUGAACACUAUUAAGAAUUAUGCGUAGCAACUUUAUUAUCAGAAAUGUCAUUUCCAAAUAAAUAAUUGGAUAAUGAUUUAAAAAUCAUAUAAUCUUUCUUUGUAUUUGGAUCAGUGAUUUUUAUAAAGAUUUAUCUUGUAUUAAUAAGGGAAAAAUAAAGAAUAAUUGAAACAGAAUGUGAUUAAGAAUUAAUAUCUCCUUCAGAUUUUACUGUUAUGCUUAAUCAUUUACCAGAAGAAGAUUAUGAUGAAAAAGAAUUAGCUACAGCAAUAGAGUAAUAUUGUUAGAAAAUUAAUAAUUAAAUUAAAUAUGAAGUAAUUAAAAUUAAUAUUGCAUAUGAUAUUAAAUCAUUUGUAUUAAAAAGUAGAGAAAAAAUUAAAUUAGAAAAAAUAUUAGCAAAAGAAUAAAAAUAUUAUAUUAAAAAUUAGAAAUACAAAAGAAAUAAAUAAGAAAUUGAGAAAAUAAAAUUUAUGGUAGAAUAAUUAAAAAAAGAAUUAUAUAGUAUAGAAUUAGAAAUUGAAAAUGGAUCAUAUAGAAAGACUACAUCUGUUGCAUUUAUAACAUUUUAAACUAAAUAAUGUAUCAUUUAUAUAUAUUAAAUAUAGAAUUAUAAAAAUUAAUACAAUAAACUAAAUUAUCUUAUUGGGAAUAAUUACUUAUGCAUGUUAAAAGAUUAAUAUAAAACAAGGCUAAAAGAGGAUUCUAUUUUAAAGAUAAAUUAAUAUCAAUUCGUAGAGCACCUGAACCAGAUGAUAUAUUUUGGGAGAAUUGUGGUAUUGAAAAUUCAAUAAAAAUAAAAAGAAAAUUUAUUAGUUGGAUUGUAGUUUUUGUUUUAUUGGGAAUUUCAUUUGCUACACUUUAUGGACUUGAAUAUUUACAAGUAAUAAUUAUUUAUUUAAUUUAAGAAUUAAUAUCUUUCAAAUGAUUUAGAUUUUAUUACAAAAACAUCAAUAUCAUUAUUAAAAUCUUUAAUUAUAACUAUUGUUGAUGCUCUAAUUUAUUAUUUUAUAACAUUAUUAGCUAAUCAUGAAAGACAUGUAACUAAAACACAUUAAGAUACUUCAGUUGCAUAAAAAUUAUGUUGUGUACAAUUUAUAAAUUCAUGUUUUUUAUUACUUUUGAUUCAUUUAAUAGGUGUUGGAUAAAAAGGGAAUUUUAUGGAAAAAUCAAAAUAUGCAAUCUAAAAAUAAGGAGGUAUUGCAAAUGAUUUACUUUUUGUUUGUUCUAUGAAUGCUUUAUUUACUCCUAUUACAGCAUUUUUUAAUCCUAUUUAUUUCAUUAAGAAAUUAUAAUAAGUUUUUAUAGAAUCUAAUAACAGUUUAAAUUAAUUAGAAGCUAAUAAAUUAUUUGAAGGUCCAUAAGUAUUAUUAUAUGAUUAAUAUGCAUUCAUUUGUAAAACAACUUGGAUUACUUUAUUUUUAGCCCCAUUAAGUCCAAUUUGUAUAUUUAUUAAUUGGAUUGGAUUAUCAUUAUAUUAUUGGAUAUAAAAAUAUUUAUUAUUGAGAAGAAAUAGCAAACCUCCAUUUCAAAGUAGUCAUUUAGAUCGAGAAAUGUUAACACUUUUAGAUUUAAGUCCUAUAUUGUUAGCUGGUAUGUAGUAUUGGAUUGAUGAAAUAUAUGUUUCUAAUAAUCUUAGUCAUAGUAUAAAUAUUGGAACAUUAGUGAUUGCAGGAUUGGAAUUAGUUUUUCCAUCUUAUAGAAUUCAUUAAAUUUUAUAUAGAAAAUAAUUAGAUGAUAUUGAAAAUUAAAGAUAUGUUGAUGUUCACCUUCGAUUUCCAACUGAUUAUGAUAGAACUAAUCCGUUGACUAGCGAACAAGCAACCCAAGAGUUUCUGAAGAAGAAAUAUGAAUAAUUUAAUAAAUCAAUGACUUAUAUGAGACACUCAAGAAAACAUUCGACAAAAAAAUCUUUAAGAGAAUAUGUUUUAAAAGGAAUUUAAGAUCCAAAUAAAUCAAGAAUAUAAGUUCUUAAGAAAAAACUUUAAACUGCUUAUAAAUUAAAAAUGUUUUAAAAUGUUUAGAUAUAAUAAGAAACUAAUUAUAAAGAAUCUGAUCAUGAAGACUCAAAUCAUACUUUUAAUUUCCCAAUAUAUUAAAGAGCUCCAUAAUAUAAUUUUUAAAGAGUAAUAAAUCAAUUUCCAAAUUAUUCCUAAUAUAAUUCAGAUCUCACUAAUAGAAGUAAUUCUAUUUCUUCAACUAUAUAAUUAAAUACAUCAAAAUAUUAAUUAACAGCAAAAAGAAAUUCUUAAAUCUAAUCUUUUAGAGCUCAAUUAUAAUGA